CGAUGAUUCCGGCUGGCGGUCCUCUUAUUUCGGUCCCGGUUUUGUCACAGCUCGGUUCCUGGCGGAUUGGAGUGCCGGAGAGAGAAUCGCCUGGCAAAACCUUCCCGAUCCAUAAACCACGAUUAACGCCGGACUUAACUGUCGUCCGGGUCGCCGCAGGGGCGACCACGGUGUUCCCUAAAAACAGGAAACAAGAAGAAGAAAAGUUGUGGUUGUUGGCAGGCGGAUAUUGGUCCUUGAAGAAAAACCCUCUUCUUUUUUUUCUUUUUUUCUUUCUUUUAACUCCGAGACCGAUCCCGUGUCAGGAGGGCUGGCUCAUAACGGGGACUCGGCGCUUUGGAUUUUACGCGCAGGACCUGGUCCCUACGAAAACCUCCUCCCGCAGAAGAGCGGCGUGUCGUGCGCCCGAGCCCCCCGGCUCUCACCGCGCUGACGCUCAUUUGUGGAUUAACCCGCGGGCGGCUGCGUGACUGCGCGCCGCCGCCGCCGCCGCCUCGCCGUAGCGGACGCCCGAGCCGCCAGCCGCACACACCAGGCGCCGCGUCCCGGAGGCGGGGAGGGGGAUAUGCCGCAACGCUGAGGGGGAAGGAGCCGAGGAGGCAGCGAUGACUUGCGCUUGGAAUUUCCUUGAAUCGCGUUCCCCAUCUUAUAUAAUAUCUUAAUGCUGUUCAUUUUUGGUGUACAAAUAUGAUGAAAUGGCAGCCCCGGAAGAAGGCAUACUUCCGACAGGGUGUUGCCCUUCAGUACCUUGGUCGCCAUGCCGACGCGCUGGCUGCCUUCGCAUCGGGGCUGGCCCAAGACCCCAAAAGCCUGCAGCUACUGGUGGGAAUGGUAGAGGCUGCCAUGAAAUCUCCAUUACGAGAGUCUCUGGAGCCCACCUAUCAGCAGCUGCAAAAGAUGAAGCUGGACAAAAGCCCCUUUGUGGUGGUGUCCGUGAUUGGCCAGGAGCUGCUGACGGCAAGCCACCACACAGCCUCCGUUGUGGUGCUGGAAGCUGCUCUGAAGAUCGGCACCUGCAGCCUCAAGCUGCGCGGCUCCGUCUUCUCGGCCCUCAGCAGCGCCCACUGGUCCCUGGGCAACACGGAGAAGAGCACUGGCUACAUGCAACAGGACCUGGAGGUGGCCAAGACCUUAGGUGACCAAACUGGUGAAUGCCGUGCUCAUGGGAACCUAGGCUCGGCAUUCUUCUCCAAGGGGAACUACCGGGAGGCGUUGACCAACCACCGCAAUCAGCUGGUCCUGGCCAUGAAGCUCAAGGACAGGGAGGCAGCUUCCAUGGCCCUCAGCAGCCUGGGUCAUGUGUACACUGCUAUAGGGGACUAUCCCAACGCCCUCGCCAGCCACAAGCAGUGUGUCCUGCUGGCCAAGCAGUCCAAGGACCAGCUGUCAGAAGCUCGGGAGCUGGGCAACAUGGGGGCUGUUUACAUUGCCAUGGGAGACUUUGAAAAUGCUGUCCAGUGCCACGAGCAACACCUGGGUAUUGCCAAGGCCCUGGAAAAUAAGCGGGAGGAGGCCCGGGCUUACAGUAACCUGGGCAGUGCCUACCACUAUCACCGUAAUUUUGACAAGGCCAUGUCCUACCACACCCAUGUGCUGGAGCUUGCCCAGGAAUUGGAGGAGCAGUCCAUUGAAAUGAGAGCUUAUGCAGGACUUGGUCAUGCUGCCCGCUGCAUGCAGGACCUAGAGAGAGCCAAGCAGUACCAUGAACAGCAGCUGUCCAUUGCUGAGGGAUUGAAGGACAGGGCCGCAGAGGGGAGGGCAUCCUCUAAUUUGGGCAUUAUCCACCAGAUGAAGGGGGACUAUGAGACCGCAUUGAAACUCCACAAAACUCACCUGGCCAUUGCUCAGGAGCUCAAUGAUUAUGCCGCCCAGGGCAGGGCCUAUGGCAACAUGGGAAAUGCCUACAAUGCACUAGGCGCAUUUGACCAGGCUGUUCGCUAUCACCGCCAGGAACUGCAGAUCUCCAUGGAGGUCAACGACCGAGCCUCACAGGCUUCCACCCAUGGCAACCUGGCUGUGGCUUACCAGGCCCUUGGAGCCCAUGACCGUGCCCUGCAGCAUUACCAGAACCACCUCAAUAUCGCCCGUGAGCUCAGAGAUGUCCAGAGUGAGGCGCGGGCUCUGGGCAAUCUCGGUAACUUCCACUGCUCCAGAGGAGAGUUCCCACAAGCAGUGCCCUACUAUGAGCAGUACCUCCGGCUGUCCCCAGACCUCCAAGACAUGGAGAGUGAGGGGAAAGUUUGUCACAAUCUGGGCUAUGCCCACUACUGCUUGGGCAGCUACCAGGAUGCAGUCAAGUACUAUGAGCAAGACCUAGCUUUGGCAAAGGACCUUCAUGACAAACUGAGUCAGGCCAAGGCAUACUGUAACCUAGGCCUUGCUUUUAAGGCUCUUGGGGACUUCACCAAGGCAGAGGAGUGUCAGAAAUACCUACUGUCUCUGGCUCAGUCCCUGAACAAUGCACAGGCUCGCUUCAGAGCACUGGGCAACCUCGGGGAUAUUUUUGUCUGUAAGAAGGAUGUGGCUGGAGCCAUUCAGUUUUAUGAGCAGCAGCUGGCCUUAGCUCACCAGGUAAAGGAACGCAGGAUGGAGGCGUGUGCAUAUGCUGCCCUAGGAGCCACCUACAGGCUAGUUCAGAAGUAUGACAAGGCUCUAGGCUACCACACCCAAGAGCUGGAGGUGUACCAAGAGCUGGGUGAUGUGCCAGGAGAGUGUAAGGCCCACGGGCACUUGGCAGCUGUCUACAUGGCCCUGGGGAAGUAUGCCAUGGCCUUCAAGAGCUAUGAAGAACAACUAGAGCUGGGGCGCAGGCUGAAAGACCCCGCAGUGGAGGCUCAGGUCUACGGAAAUAUGGGCAUCACUAAAAUGAAUGUGGGUGUGAUGGAGGAGGCUAUCGGCUACCUGGAGCAGCAGUUAGCAACCCUGCAACAGCUAAGUGGCAAUGAGGCAGUGCUGGACCGGGGUCGAGCCUAUGGGAACCUGGGAGAUUGCUAUGAGGCUCUUGGAGACUUUGAAGAGGCCAUCAAGUACUAUGACCAGUACCUUUCUGUGGCCCAGAGCCUCAACCGUAUGCAGGACCAGGAGAAGGCCUACAGAGGCUUAGGCAAUGGACACAGAGCCAUGGGGAACCUACAGCAGUCACUGGUGUGUUUUGAGAAGCGCCUGGUUGUGGCCCAUGAGUUAGGUGAAUGUGGAGGCAAGGCUCAGGCCUACGGCGAGCUGGGGGCUCUACACAGCCAGCUGGGCAACUACGAGCAAGCCAUUUCCUGCCUUGAACGUCAGCUUGCCAUUGCCCGUGAAACCCAGGACCGGCCCCUGGAGGGUGACGCCAGCUGUGGACUGGGUGCGGUAUACCAGGCUAUGGGCGAGUAUGAGACAGCCUUGCGUUGCCACCAAAGCGACCUAGAAAUUGCGGAGGAAACGGGCAGCCCCGCACGCCAGGGCCGUGCCUACGGUAACCUGGGCCUUACCUAUGAGUCACUUGGAAACUACGAGCGGGCGGUGGUGUUCCAGGAACAGCACCUGAGUGUGGCCGCUCAGACCAACGACCUGGCCGCCAAGACACUGGCCUACGGCAGCUUGGGGCGGACACACCACGCGCUGCAGAACUACUCGCAGGCUGUCAUGUACCUGCAGGAAGGCCUGCGGCUCGCAGAGCAGCUGGCUCGGCGUGAAGACGAGGCGAAGAUCCGCCAUCGUCUGGGGCUGUCUCUCUGGGCCAGUGGGAACCUGGAAGAGGCCCAGCAUCAGCUCUAUCGGGCAUCUGCAUUGUUUGAAACCAUACGCCACGAAGCCCAGCACAGCACCGACUACAAACUGUCUCUGUUCGACCUGCAGACCUCAUGUUACCAGGCGCUCCAGAGGGUCCUUGUCAGUUUAGGUCACCAUGACGAGGCUUUAGCAGUAGCAGAACGGGGUCGGACACGAGCCUUUGCUGACCUGCUUGUAGAGAGGCAAACGGGCCAGCAGGACUCUGACCCUUACACCCCCGUGACAGUGGAGCACAUACUGGACACCGUCAACAGCCAAAGGGCCCUGGUACUCUACUUCUCCAUGGCUGCUGGUUAUCUGUACAGCUGGCUGCUGGCUCCAGGAGCAGGCAUCCUGAAGUUUCAUGAGGUGUACCUGGGUGAGGGUGUGUCAGAGGGAGGAUCAGAGUUCCAGGAAGGCGGAGGCGGGGGUGUGAUCAGUGGCUCCUCAUUGGAGCAGCACAUCGCCAGCGCCCGUGAGGCUCUUGGAGUGGAGUCCUAUUACAGCAGAGGGUGCUCAAGCAGUGAGACAGAGAGUGAGGCGGGAGAUUUGUUGGACCAGCAAUUUGAGGAGCUCAACAACAAGCUCAACUCGGUCACUGACCCCACGGGCUUUCUGCGCAUGGUGUCCAGAAACAACCUCUUCAACAGGAGCUGCCAGAGUAUGACCAGCCUUUUCAGUAACACCAUGUCCCCCGCCAAAGAUGGCUGCUCCUCCCUCCCUCGGCGCUGCAGCAACCUUGGCAAGCCUCCACUCCGAGCCCUUUAUGACUUGUUGAUAGCACCAAUGGAGGGGGGUCUAAUGCACUCCAGUGGGCCCGUUGGCAGACACAGACAGUUGGUGAUGGUGCUGGAGGGAGAGUUGUACCUCAUUCCUUUUGCCUUGCUCAAGGGCAGCUCCUCUAAUGAGUACCUGUACGAGCGCUUCAGCCUCAUUGCUGUGCCCUCCAUCCACGGCCUUGGAUUGAACUCUAAGACUCAUUCUCGGCGGGCUGGACCAGCUCCGUGUGGUGGGGUCUCCAUGGCAGCAGUGGUGGGGAACCCUCGACUGCCAUCGCCUGUGAUGGACCGCUGGCUGUGGGGGCCCAUGCCCUCUGCAGAGGAGGAGGCCCUGAUGGUGGCUGAGCUGCUGGGCUGCCAACCCCUGGCCGGCUCCUCCGCCACAAAGGAAAGAGUGAUGAGCGCCUUAACCCAGGCUGAGUGUGCUCACUUCGCAACCCACAUUUCCUGGAAACUGGCUGCUCUGGUACUUACACCCAACCCAGAGGGGGUUCCCGGUGGAGCAGGUGCCAGCGUGGGUGUUGGAACAGUGGGAAGAGGGGCAGGGGGUAGUAGGCGAGGCAGUAGCGGGCGAGGCAGGAAGGGCUCAUUUGGAAGCAGUUACACCAUCCCGGAGUCUCUCCAUAUGCAGGAUGACAGCAGUGAUGUGGAGAGUAUCUGUGACAGUCCACCCCUACAGGAGUUUCUGCUCACUGCUGCGGAUAUAUUGGACCUGAGGCUGCCUGUCAAACUGGUCGUGCUAGGGUCAUACCAGGAGUCAAGCAGCAAGGUGACCGCUGAUGGUGUGGUGGGUUUGACCCGAGCUUUCCUGGCUGCUGGGGCUCAAUGUGUUCUCGUGUCCUUGUGGCCUGUCCCUGUCGCAGCCUCAAAAGUCUUUGUCCAUGCCUUCUACACAGCCCUGCUUAAUGGGACCAAAGCUAGUGCUGCACUUGCAGAUGCAAUGAAGACAGUCCAGAGCAGCAAGCAGUACUCCCACCCCUCCAACUGGGCAGGGUAUAUGCUGAUUGGGAAUGAUGUAAAGCUGAACAGUCCCUCGUCCCUCAUUGGCCAGGCUCUGGCCGAGAUUCUGCAGUAUCCAGAUCGAGCACGGGAUGCCCUAAGAGUUUUACUCCACCUGGUGGAGAAAUCUCUUCAGAGGAUUCAGAACGGCCAGCGUAACUCCAUGUACACAUCACAGCAGAGUGUGGAGAAUAAGGUGGGGGGUGUUCCUGGUUGGCAGGCUCUCCUGACAGCUGUUGGCUUCCGCCUCGACUCUGCAGGCACUGGGAUUCCUGCCGCUGUCUUCUUCCCCACAGCGGACCCAGGAGACAGGCUCCAGCAGUGCAGCACCACCCUGCAGUCACUACUGGGUCUGCCGCCUCCAGCUCUUCAGGCUUUGUGCAAGCUCAUCACAGCUUCAGAGGCAGGAGAGCAGCUCAUAAACCGGCUCCAUCAGGUGCUAGUUCAGCUCCAGACAGGAGAAAAAGAGCAGGACUUCUCUUUGCUGCCCAUUCAGGUGUCCAUCAGUGUGCAGCUAUGGAGACUACCAGGGUGCCAUGAAUUCCUGGCUGCUCUUGGCUUUGACCUAUGUGAGGUAGGCCAAGAGGAAGUGGUGCUGAAGACUGGCAAGCUAGCCAACCGCCGUACCUUGCACUUUGCCCUCCAGUCUCUGUUGGCGCUAUUUGACUCCACAGAACUGCCUAAGCGCCUGAGCCUGGACAGCUCGUCUUCCCUCGAGUCUCUGGCCUCAGCCCAAUCUGUGUCCAACCCCCUUCCAAUGGGAUAUCCCAACCUCCCCUUCUCUCCUCCUUGCCUGGACAAUCUGGCGUCAGAUGCCAUCUCUGUCUAUAGCCUCAGCUCUGUGGCCUCCUCCAUGAGCUUUGUUUCCAAGUCAGAUUGUGAUUUCCUUGGCCAUCGGCAACGCGGUGGGGCUUCAAUGCACUACUCUGUCCACAAGCACCCUCACGUUCCUCGGAGUCGCUCCUCUCCUCAUGGGGCAGCUGCCGCAGCAGGAGGGACCCGUGGGGAAGAAGAAGAAUAUGAGGGCUUUUCCAUUAUCAGUAGCGAGCCUCUGGGGAGCCACUGUGACUCUCUUCCUCUGCCACCAGGCCACAGCCAGCGUCACCACCGUGGAGGCAGAGGGGUUGGCAGUGGGUCUAACUCGGGAGCAGGGAGAGGCUAUGCUGUGUCGGUAUCAUCGAGGGGAAGCGUCAGCACCCCCACCUCCCCGGUCAAAACAUGCCUGGUGCCCAGCCCCAACUCGCCCUUCCAGAAAGUGGGCAAAGUGAGCAGCUCAGACACAGGUGAAUCUGACCAGUCCAGCACGGAGACUGACAGCACUGUCAAGUCCCAGGAGGAGAAAACUGUCCCACUGGAUCCCCAGGAGCUGGCCCAAAAGAUACUGGAGGAGACUCAGAGCCAUCUACGUGCAGUGGGUAGCCUUCAGCGGGCUGGGGCGGAGGGAGCGACACCGGGAAGCACCUCAGGUCGGAGCAGCGCUUUCCGUGCUUCGGAGACCAGCGCAUUCAGCCGUCCUAAUAGCAGUGCCAGUGGCCGAGCCCAGUCCUCCCCAAAGCCCAAGCCCCCCUCCCGCUCCUCCUCUCUGCAGAAGAUUAGCUCUGGCUACAACAGCCCUGCAGUGUCUGAGUCUUCUCAAAAGGAGGGCAGCCAUCCCUCCCCUACUCUAGACAGCCAUGCACAGUUCAAGUUGAAGUACCCCAGCUCCCCAUACAGUGGCCAUAUCUCUCGCUCUCCCAGUAACAUGUCACCAAGUUCUGGCCACCAGUCCCCGGCUGGAAGCGCCCCAUCCCCGGCCCUGUCCUACUCCUCCACGGGCUCUGCCUGCUCCACAUCGGCUGAUGCCCCAGACUUAGACCGUCUAAGAAGGGGUGUCAUUGAUGAGAAAGUCCAAGCUAUUCACAAUCUGAAGACCUUUUGGGCUAAUGCUGCAGCUCAGCAGCAGCAGCAACACCUUGGCCCUGUCAAAGCCAUCCAUGGUGCCCCUGGACCACUUGCCUCUGCCGGUAGGGACGUACUGAGCCUUUUGAAUCUCUCUCCACGGCACUGCUCUCCUAGUGAAGCCCAAGACAGCCUGGAGCUGCGGGAGCUGGGGCUGCAGCCUUUGGAUAGGGGUAAUAAAAACUCCUCCAAUGGACACCACUGCUCCAACCCAAGGAAAGUGGCCCCUUCGCCCACUAUUUCCACUAGCAGCAGCCCUGGUGCUCGUUCAAUCAGACUGCCUGCUGGCAAUGGAUACAAGUUCUUAUCACCUGGCAGAUUUUUCCCUUCCUCUAAAUGCUGAGAGACUAAAAAGGAUUUCCAUACUUUUACCUUUCAUUUACUAUCCUGUGUGCUGGAGGAGUAGGGCACUUUUUUAGGGCCUCUAUUGGUCAACGGGACUUGAUUGACGGUGAAAAGGAUUUGAUUGGUCAAUGAGUGUGAUUCCCCAGAGGCACAUGAAUGCUUUCAAGAGUGUCUUGUCUUUGUGCCCAUAACACUGUAAAUGGCAAUGAGAAUACUCAACGACCUGAUACUGUGUUUGUGUGUAACUGUGUGUCAGGUAAAUGUAAAUGCCAAUUGGUAUUUCCUCCAAAACCCUUGCUGUCUGUAUGGGCCAAGAUGCAACAGCUAUAACUGAUUUCUCCAUUCUAUUUUUUGUUUUUAAAUCUAAUGGUUAUUGUUAUUAUUGUUGGUUAUUGUUAUUAAUAUUAAAAUUAUUAUGUUUUGUAAAUUAAUUCCAGUGUUUCACAAUCAGUAUUAAGCGUUUUUAUAUUAUUAAAAAGUGAACAAACCUGUACCAUGUAAAGAUGGAUAGAGUGAAAAAAAGAUUUAAUAUUUUUUAUUGAAAUCAAAAAGGCAUUUUGCCUGAUUUCUUUGUGAAUCGAGUGUCUGCUCCGAAGCAUGGAUUCUCUUGCUAUUCAUUGUUAAGUACCACGUAUGACUUUUUAGCCCAUGAUUUUUUGAGAUUAAACAUGAAAAUUUCAUGACAACCAUCUGUCAUUUAUCAGUAAACUGUUUCAA